AUGCAAAAUGAAAAUAUUCAAGUAGAUCAAUUAGAAGACCAAAUUAUAGAUCAUCCAGAUUUAUCUACUCAAGAAGAAUUAUUAAAUGAAUCGUUAGAUGAAACAUUUCAAAGAAAAUUAAAUGCAAAAGCUGAACAAAUAAAUCGUGGAGAAUUAUUAUUUGAUCAACAAUUUGAAAAGGAAUCAAGUGAAGGUGGAAGUUCAAAUGAUCCAAAUAAUGUUAAUUUUCAGUUUUUAAUUACUAAAAGUCAUUUAAAUUAUGAUUAUAAGGAUUAUGGAAACUUGGAGAAAGAAAUUUCAGAAUGGUUUACGGGUGGUGAUUUGAUAAAAAUUGGCUUAAAUAAUUUAAUUAAUUAUUAUGAUGCAAAUACAACUGAAUUAAAUCAAUUGGUUUCUCAAAUUGAAGAAAAUGAAUUGGAUAACAUUUCUGUUAUUUUAAAAAUCGUACUAUAUUAUGCCUUUGGUGAAUAUGCUAAUAAAAAGACAAAAGAAGAGCAAAUUGAACAAAUCAAAAUUAAUGUUAAUCAUUUGUUAAAGUUGAGUAUUUAUAAACCACUCGUAACGAAAUUGAUAAGGUUCUUUAAUGAUAGAAUUGAAAUUGAUAAAUCUAGUGAUGGAGCCAAAAUGUCGAAUUCCACCGAGUCCAACUAUUUUAAAAUAUUAACAUUAUUGUAUUUUUUAACUUUAAUUGCUUUAGAUAAUAAGGAUACUAAGUUUAGAGGUUAUAUAAUUGAAUGUGAGUUGUUAAAUCAUUUAAUCAAAUUUCUAGAACAUUGGAAAUGGUAUAAAAAUCAAUCAUACCGUGUCAGGUACCUAAUUUUAAUAGUCAACAAAUUGAUAUUUAUUGAAUUUGGAGAUUCCAACCAUUUAAAACUGUGUGAUGAGUUCUUAAUCAAGUUAUAUGAUAUCAAAAAUAAAAAAGGAAAAGAUGAACAAUCAACUUUAACUUGCUCUCCACUUGAUUAUUUUGCAUUUAGAGAAGAUUUAUUAGAUAAAUAUCCAAUGUUUAAUAUUAAUCCAGUCGAUUUUAACAAAUACAAACAAUCACAAGAGGAAAUUGACCAACAAGGUGAUAAAUUCAUGGCAUUUAAUUCUUUUUCAAAUUCACUAUCUAAUUUAAUUCAAAAAGCAACCACAAUAAAAAGUCAUACAAUUCUCAAAGAGUUGCCGGGAGUGGAGCUACACAUUUCCACUCCCCUUCCCUCACCUACACUAAUGAAUUCAGAUUAUAUGACAGGUGGAGAAAAGAUACGAAAAUCAUAUCAAGUUAAUCAAUCCCUCCCAUUCAUAUUUCCAAAUGAUCAAAUAAAUAAUUGUGUCCCAAAAUCCAUAAAAGAAGCUGAUGAAAUAUAUAGAAAAUCAAUUUAUGAAAGUUAUUCAAUUAAAAGAUUAUGGAAUGAACGUGAAAAUUUUAUGCAACAAGAAAGAGGAUAUAUUGCUGAAAAUACUACAAAUGAAUCUGAUUAUGAUUUUAAAAAAUUAUAUAAAGAAUAUCCAACUGCUAAAGCACAAAUCUCAUCAAUUGAAAGAGUUGAAUUUUUUUAUUCAUCAAAUUUAUCUCGAUUACAUACAAUAAUUGAAAUAUUUAUGGAAAUUAUGAUUUCAAAUAGAAUAGAAAUUAAUCUACAUCAUACUCAAUCUGAAUUAAAUCCUGUUUCAUCAAUUAUAAAAGAUAAAGUUACUAAAACAAAAGUUGAAGAAGUUUUAUUUGCACAAUUGGAAGUUAUAAAUGUGAAAGAAAUUACAUUGAAAGCAUCCAUUAAUAUAAUAUUAAUGUUAUUGAAAUGGUUUAAAAUUAAUCAUGUUUUGAAAUAUUAUUAUUUCAGUUCUUUACUAUUUGAUCAGAAAUUUUUCAACAUUUCUUUAGAAUAUUUAAGUAGAUGUUUUAAUAAUUCAAAUAUUCAAAAUGUAUCAAAUAAAAAUGAUGAUAAUAGUGAUUUAAUAGAAUAUGAGAUUCUUAUUAAUCAAAAUAAAUUAAUGAAUCCAAAGAUUAAUUUACCAAGAAGAAAUUUUUUCAACAAUUGUUUAAAUAAGUUUUCUGAUUCUUAUGAAUAUAAAUUUAUAAAUGACAAGCUUAUAUCUAAAUUACCUGAAAAAUUAGAUUCAAAUAAUAUAAAUCAUAGAACUAUAAAUCAAUUUAAUGAUAAUUUUGUAUUUAUAUUGAUUAAUAUUCUUAAUAUUAUAAAUAAAAUAUUAAUUAAAAAUCAAUCCCAAAGAAUAUUUGCAUUAAAUGAUUUAAAACCAUCUGAAAUUUAUAAAAUGAUUUUAAUAAAUUAUGAUAAUGAAUCAAUUACUCCAAUUAUUUUAAAAACAUUAAAAAAGUUAGUUCCUUAUCAAGGUCGUAAAUGGAAAAGUGUAAAUAUGGAUUUAAUAUCACAAAUAUAUUUAACAUUAAAAUUAGAUCUUAAAGAUAAUUGGUUAAGUGGCAAAGAUUUAGAACUGGAUUUUAAUAGUUGUUAUGAUCAAGAAAUUGCAUUACGUGGAUUAAUACAAUUUUAUAAUAUGAGAAAAUAUAAAGAUGAAAUGAAGAAGAUUGGCUAUAAACUUGAGGAUAUGAAUAAUGAACCAUUACAGUUUAAAUUAGACGAUGAUGAUGAUAUUAAUGAUAAUUUUAAUGAUUUAAGUAUUGAUAAAAUGGAAUUUUGA